GUAUUUCCUGCACUGCACCUGAUUCUACAUCAUUGUCUUGCCUACUAAGUGUAAACUCACAAGUUGUUAAAUCAGCCCCUGGAAAAUGCAAGCCAUCAAGUGUGUGGUGGUUGGAGAUGGUGCUGUGGGAAAGACAUGCCUGCUCAUCAGCUACACAACCAACGCCUUCCCUGGAGAGUACAUCCCCACAGUGUUUGAUAACUACUCAGCCAAUGUGAUGGUGGACAGUAAGCCAGUGAACCUGGGACUGUGGGAUACAGCAGGACAGGAGGACUAUGACAGACUCAGACCUCUGUCCUAUCCUCAGACGGAUGUGUUCCUCAUCUGUUUCUCUCUGGUGAGCCCAGCAUCGUUUGAGAACGUCAGAGCCAAGUGGUACCCUGAGGUACGACACCACUGCCCCUCCACACCCAUCAUCCUCGUGGGCACCAAGCUGGAUCUGAGGGACGAGAAGGAAACCAUUGAGAAGCUGAAGGAGAAGAAGCUAGCACCCAUCACCUACCCACAAGGCUUAGCACUAGCCAAAGAGAUAGACUCUGUGAAGUACCUGGAAUGCUCUGCCCUGACCCAGCGGGGGCUGAAGACGGUCUUUGACGAGGCCAUCCGAGCGGUGCUGUGCCCCCAGCCCACCAAGGUGAAGAAACGACCCUGUCUACUCAUCUGAUCUUAGACCUGUGGAUAGACCAAGAGAGAAGGGCUCAGGAAUCACACAACAGCAAAUGUUGAUUUUAGUUAAAUACAAAGUUUGGCAGUUUUACAAAGUGGUCUAAUGUUCAGAUGAGUCAACAUAUGUAGUGUUGAGUCUUGCCAUCUGUAGUGUAUAUCCAGCUAUAAUUACAGUAUAUAGUGUAUGCCUCAAUCCCAAAUGAAUGGAAGAUAGUUGGACCGUCGGAUUGUAUCAUUACAGAUGGUGCCUACCUUUCCCACUGGUUGGGGAUUG